UAAAGUAAUCAACUUCUCCGUCUCUGGACAAUGACUUCUCUGUUCUUCUUAGUUCUCCUUUCCUCGCCUCUUCUCACGAGAAAUGUUGAAGCUAAUCCAAAUUACAGAGAAGCUCUCUCCAAGUCAUUGCUCUUCUUCCAAGGUCAGCGAUCUGGUCGUCUCCCUAGAGACCAACAAGUCUCCUGGAGGGCUAGCUCCGGCCUUUCUGAUGGUUCAACCGCUCAUGUGGACUUAACUGGUGGGUAUUACGAUGCGGGAGACAACAUCAAGUUCAAUUUCCCAAUGGCGUUUACCACCACGAUGCUUUCAUGGAGCACGCUUGAGUACGGUAAGCGGAUGGGUCCUGAGCUCAAAAACGCACGUGAGAACAUCCGUUGGGGCACAGAUUAUCUCCUGAAAUGUGCUAGAGCCACUCCGGGGAAGCUCUAUGUCGGGGUAGGAGAUCCUAACGUUGAUCACAAAUGCUGGGAACGGCCUGAGGACAUGGACACGCCUCGUACAGUCUACUCUGUUUCCUCUUCCAACCCUGGCUCUGACGUAGCUGCUGAAACCGCAGCAGCUCUGGCUGCUGCUUCUAUGGUUUUCAGGAAAGCUGAUCCUAAGUAUUCCCGUUUGCUGCUGGCAACAGCUAAGAACGUGAUGCAGUUUGCUAUUCAGUACAGAGGCGCUUACAGUGAUUCCCUCUCUUCAUCCGUCUGUCCUUUCUACUGCUCUUACUCUGGUUACAAGGACGAGCUGAUGUGGGGUGCGGCCUGGCUACUGAGAGCAACCAACAACCCGUAUUACGAAAACUUAAUCAAAUCACUAGGAGGUGGAGAUCAGCCUGAUAUCUUCAGCUGGGACAACAAAUACGCUGGCGCCUAUGUUCUUCUCUCACGGAGAGCAUUGCUUAACAAAGACAGCAACUUUGAACAAUACAAACAAUCAGCUGAGAACUUCAUGUGCAAGAUCCUCCCAAACUCUCCCUCCUCCUCUACACAAUACACUCAAGGGGGACUAAUGUACAAGCUACCACAGAGCAACCUCCAAUACGUAACGGCCAUCACAUUCCUCCUCACAACCUACGCCAAAUACAUGAAAUCAACAAAACACACAUUCACCUGCGGAAACUCCGUCAUCGUCCCCGACGCGUUGAUCAGCAUAUCGAAGCAACAGGUCGAUUACAUACUCGGAGAGAAUCCGAUCAAGAUGUCGUACAUGGUUGGAUUCGGACGCAGCUUCCCGAAGAGGAUCCACCACAGAGCGUCGUCUCUCCCUUCGCACGCGCUUCUCUCGAAACCUUUGGGAUGCAACGGCGGAUUCCAAUCGUUCUACAGUCAGAACCCUAACCCUAACGUUCUCACGGGAGCGAUCGUCGGAGGGCCGAAUCAGAGCGACGGGUAUCCGGAUCAGAGGGAUGAUUAUAGUCACUCCGAGCCGGCGACUUACAUCAACGCGGCGUUCGUCGGGCCGUUGGCGUACUUCUCCUCCGGUAGAUCGGCUUGAAAUCGGAUCCGCCACGUCACUUUCUUCCGGUGUGUAGUUCCUUUUGUUUUAUAGUUAGAUCCGUUGGCACAAGCCGAACGUGAAAGUGAAACUCAAUGGGACAAGUAAUUUAAAAUGUAAAACUCUUAAUGGGCUAAGACCCAAAUAUGAAAUAUUAAUGGGCCAGGAAGAAAUUCUACCCCUGGUCUUAUGAUUA